CAAAUGAAGUAAGGAAGUUACUGUGGCAAUUAAAAUGACUCUUCAAUGGUCUCAGGGAUGGUGGACUUAGGAUCACAUCAGCUGCAGCGACUAGUGGAUCUGCUGACAGUUCAUGAGUGUGAAGAGCUUCUGAUGACCCUCUCCAACCCAGUGGAAAACACCUUCAGUCAGCUCAGUUGCCUCUCUGAAGAGACAAACCAAUUCAGACAGAUGCCCCGUACACCCAGAGAUACAGACAAAGAGUCCCACUGUCAUCCAGUUUUGAUAGGCUGGCUCCAGACUCAUAGUGAACAGAUGUACUACAACAGACUGUCUCGCACUCUUCAACAGAUUGGAAGGACUGACAUUGCAAUAGAGUUGGGUAAGAACAUCAAUCAGGACAAGAAUCUGGCUAUGCAGCACUAUGUUGAGGAAUAUCAUGAGCAGGUCAACCAAAUGGCCUCCCAUUUAAUCCACUCCCAAGCUGAGGAAACAACUUACAAAGAAACACGUCAUUCUGCAAAACAAGAGAGGAGCUUGUCCUGGAAGGAUUUGGACCUGGUGGUGGAGUGGCAAUCAACACCACCAUAUCCGCACCACAUGCUGGAUGGUGCCUGGCCUCUGUUAAUUGGCCUCAUCUUUGGAGUUGGUGGUGCACUGCUCUUAGGCAUACCAUUAUUGCUCUUUAUCUUGGGUCUAUCACUAUGUGAUCAUUUUGGUCAAUCCUAAUCUAAUCUAUAAUCUCAGCACUAAAUACACCAUCAUUCCUUUCACCUUGAUGUUGUGCUAGACUUACUAAAGAUUCUAAUAAAACAAGGAAUGGCAAGUGAAAAGAAAUAAAAGGUUACAAUGUUCAUAACAUGCAAUUAAUAUAAAAAGUCUACACAUGCCAAAAUGGCAGGAUUUAUGAUGUAGAAAAAUCAUGAUAAAUCAUAGAAGUUUUA